UCCCCAUGAAGUUUGACUCAUCAGUCAUCGAUCUCCGUUGAGAAGUUCCAAGUUCCAAUCAUGGCGAUUUCCGAUCUCUCACCGGCGGCCGCCGUUCUACUUCUUCUGAUGGCGGUGGCGGCGGCGGCGGCGGUUGUACAAGCGAGUGACGACAACCGAGUGUUCUCUCCUUGCACGGACACGACUGUAAAGAAGUCCGAUGGUUUCACGUUAGGGCUUGCUUUUGCGACGGAGCAAAAGUUCGUCUUUAAUAGAACGUUGAAGCUGUCUCCUUGCGACAGCAGGCUCGCUCUUACWGGCAAUUCUCUGAUCGCCGUGUUUAGGCCUAGGGUUGACGAGAUCUCUCUCCUCACCGUCAAUACUUCCGCCACUUCCUCUUCUUUCUCUCCGUCUUCCAAUGGUUAUAUGGUUGCAUUUGCUGGACGGAAAUCUGCUGCAAGGUCCCCUCCAAUUUUUGUUGCAGAUGAACAACAUAUCGUAACCAGCUUUACUCUGGUGCUCGAGUUUGAGAAGGGUAGGCUGCAAAACUUGUUCUGGAAAAGGGACGGUUGUGCUCAAUGUUCGAACAACAAUACCUUUGUUUGCAUCAACAAUCAGGCUUGUGCAAUCAGAACAAACAACUGCAAAAAUGGUGGGGGUUCUGUUGAUUGCAGUCUUUCGAUACAACUAGCGUUCUCUGGCACAGAUAAACACCUUUCUGUCUUCAACUCUUGGUAUGAAGUGUCCAAGCUCCGCCAGUACUCCCUAUUCAAUCUUUAUUCGAAUCUCAAAGAUUCUCUCACAAGUCAGUAUAACAAGAUCUUCUGACCGAGUAUAUUUUGCUUUAUGUUUAUUUCCAUCCUUGUAUAUUGUAAUUCAGUUUGUGCAACAGAUUCCUUUCAAAUGUUUUAUAUUUCUCAUCAAUUAAGAGUGUGAUUAUAGGCAGGGCUAGUCUUGUUUGGUAAAUUUAUUUUCAAGCCAUUAUACGUAGACAUGGAUAAAACUAAAAGUAUGUUGUAUACAAAAUGAAAGUGUUGAGUUACUUUCUCCACCAUUGUUGCCUUUCACUAGUUUCAAUGUAUUUUAGUGAGUUACUUCA